UCGACUCCAACAAGGCAAAUGAAUUCCUGUCCCACUCUCGACCCAAACGCAAUGCUGAUCCGAAUUGGCACAGGCAGACUCCAGAUUUCCAGGCGUAUUACAGAUACUACACCAGCAUUGGACACACAGAGGGAUUGUACGAGAUUGACAGAAUCCGGAUGUUGUAUCAGCAGAUGAGACACUUGGAACAAGUUUACGGUCCCAAUGCCUCUUACUACCAAAGCAAACUUGGGCUUCCAGUUCUGCCUCCGCUUCCCAGAUGUGACCCCACCAAAGACAAAGCCUGCAAACCGCCCCCACCACCACCCGAAAAGACUCCGGCCCCCGCUCCGGUCAAAGCCCAAGCGGCGCAUCCUGUCUCUCAGGCUGACGUCAUCUACCUGUGCAACAACAAAGACCCCCUGUGUAAGCCACACAUCGUCUACAUGCCCACCGGGGCCGUGCCAGUUCUGUGUGACCCACGAUACCAUCCCACCUGCAAGCUGCAAGGACCACCCCCUCCUCCACCCCCUAUCAAAAAGUCAGAGCCUGCCCCUCAACCUCCACCCGCCCCUAUGCUCUUCAAGGGAAUGGAAUACGACUGUGACCCGUACUGGGAUCCUGAUUGCCUCAUCGACAACCCACCACGCCCCCUCAAGGGUAAAGCCCCACCCCCAGCACCCGUAAUAGAAGAGGAGGAGGAUGAGGAGGAGGCGGAGCCAGCUCCACCUCCACCCCAGCCCAUUAAAAAGAAACAACCAUAUCCGUUUUACCUUCCACCCUACAACUACCAGUCUGAACUAUAUGACCCAUACCGAUACCCGUUUCCUUCUGCCGACACAGAGGACAAAGCAGCCGACAGUGCGUAGACCAAAUCCAUGCAAAAAAAAAGGUCCUGAUUGAGUGGAAAUCUACACAAACAUUGUAUUAUUUGUGUUUGUAUUCACUUUGUAGAUUUGUGUUGAGAUACUUUGCUAAACUAUUAAAAUGGUUUUCACUCAUUGGAAUGUAUUAAAAUUAUUCUUGUAAGUUGUUUAAUUCAAUAACCAGCCAAUGUACCCCAGAUGGAGAAGGUAGAUCUGGUAAUCCUGUAAUAUUGUGAGCUUUUGUG